AUGGCUGACGACAAGGUUAAAACAAAAAAAGGCAGAGCUUUAAAAUCUGCUUUCUCUAAUGUUGAAUAUUGGUUAUGCAACAUUAAUUUUAAUGCCAACUUGCCGGGAAAUUUUAAAAACCUGAAAUGCUUUUGUGAAGACUGCGUUAAACUUUUGGAUGGAUUUCGUUGUCUCAUCCAACCUGUUAUUGCUAAAAAUGAUAUCAGUGAUGAAAUUCGUUCUGACAUCAAAAAAAUUUUAAAAAGUCAUGGUCGGGCAUUGUCAAAAAGGGGUAUUGACUCCGUUAGCAAUGACCUCAAAUAUGUUCAGCGAUUCCUUGAUGUCGCUAAUGACAACAAGGAUCAAGAAAACAAUAUUGCUAUUUUUCAUCUUGCUGAGACUGAUGGCAAGGAUAAGAACACCGUUUUGUCGGUUGUUAAUAAGCUGACCGGUGAUUCUAUAAAAGCUAAUAAUAUCUUAAAAAUUUACGGACAGGGUCGUAGAGUCGCUAGAGCUGAUACUCCGCGUCCUGUCAUUGUUAAAUUUUUCAGUUUAGUUGUUAAAAUGAAAAGCACUGAGCUACGCGGUCUUAUUGCUGAUGCUAAGUUUAAGGAAGCUGGCAAUCAGCACUUUUUGUACCGGGUCAGGGGAGUGGCCGGUCGAUGGAAGAUCGUAAAACUUCCAUAG